GCCGCGUAGACGUGCAAAAUGGAAAUAGCGAGGGUGUGGAGGAGACAAAGUUGGAUCCUGAGCUCUACCUCCUCUCACCAACACCACCGAGUGCUCUUGUAGAUUGUGCCCCUCCCCAGGAACCGAAUAGAUCAGAAACCAUUCGUUUAAAUGUUGGUAGGAAGAAGGGUGAUGGCGCCGAGGGAGAUGAUGAGAAAGGCAAAGAUACUCCCGUCAUUAU